AUGUUAAAAGUUUUAAAAUUUCAAAGAUCAUUCUUUACCACCACCACAAAAAAAUUGAAUCAAAAACAAACUUAUCGUAUAUUAUUUUUUGGUUCGGAUAAUUUUUCUGUGCCAUCAUUAAAAUCUUUAAUAAAUGAAUCAAAAAAUCCGGAUACUUUUGUAAAAUCCAUCGAAGCUGUAGUGCCACCCGAUAAAAAAACCGGUAGAGGUUACAAGGAAGUAGCAACAAGUCCCGUAAAAAAGUUCGCUAAAGAAUAUGACUUGAAAAUUCAUGAAGCGCCUCCAAAAUCAUUAGAAGGAUGGGAGGUUCCAAAAACAAAUUUUGAUUUCGCCAUAGUGGUUUCAUUUGGAUAUUUCUUAACCCCUUCGAUAUUAAAAUCAUUUACUAAAGGCUCGAUAAAUGUUCAUCCAUCAUUAUUACCAAAGUAUCGAGGAGCAUCACCAAUUCAAUACACUAUAUUAAAUAAUGACAAAAUAACGGGGAUCACUAUCCAAGAAUUACAUCACGAAACAUUUGACGCAGGAAAAGUACUACGACAAAUAUCGAUUGAAGUUCCUCCGAAUUCGACUUAUACUACACUUGAACCUCAUCUCGCAACAAAAGGAGCAGAAUUAUUAAUCGAUACAUUAAAAAAUUUCGAUUAUCAUAAAGACAACACGAAAGAACAAGAUGCUUUAAAAAUCAUAAAAGCCCCAAAGAUUAGGAAAGAAAUGAGCGAGAUUAAAUGGUCACAGAUAUCUGCUCAACAAUUGGAACAACUUUAUCGCGCUAUUUCGCAUCAGUACCCGUUAUCAACCAAAUUUAAUAAUAAAAUCAUCCAGUUACAUAAUAUUUCAUUACCUUCGUCUCAGCAACAAUUAUUAUUCCAACAUGGUAAAACCCUUCGCCCUGGUACAAUAUUAAUUCGCCAUCCUGAACAAUUAUCACCAGUGGCUUAUGUAGUAUGUGCUGGUAAUAGUUUUAUUACAUUUAAUAAUGUUAAAGUUGAAGGGAAAAAAGAGGUUUCAAUUUUAGAUUGGAUUAACGGAUACCAAAUAAAAAGUGAAGAAAUGAUGUUUGACGAAUAA